AUGCAAGGACUGGACAACAGCACCUUCCAGUCCAACAUCCCAGUUGCUGCAGACAUCACAGUGGGCAUCGUUUACUCCCUUUUUGGUGUUUGUUCACUAUGCGGAAACAGUAUGUUACUCUAUGUGUCCUACAAGAAGAAGCACCUGCUGAAACCAGCUGAGUUCUUCAUUGUUAACCUGGCCAUCAGUGAUCUGGGCAUGACCCUCAGCCUUUACCCUCUCGCCGUCACCUCAAGCAUCGCUCACAGGUGGCUGUAUGGAAGAACAGUGUGUGUGAUCUAUGCCUUCUGUGGUGUCUUAUUUGGGAUCUGCUCUCUCACCACUCUCACUAUUCUCAGCACUGUUUGCUGCCUCAAAGUCUGCUACCCACUUCACGGUAAUCGGUUCAGCUAUGAGCAUGGUCGCAUGUUAAUAGUGUGUGCGUGGGCCUAUUCUCUUGUGUUCGCCUGUUCUCCACUUGCCCACUGGGGGCAGUACGGACCAGAACCCUACGGCACAGCCUGCUGUAUUGACUGGGCCUGGUCCAAUCAAAACUCAGUGGCCCGCUCGUACACCACUGUGCUCUUCAUCGCCUGCUAUCUGGUGCCGUGUGUCAUCAUCAUCAUCUCUUACACACGCAUACUGAUCACGGUUCGAGAGUCCCGCAGAGCGGUGGAGCAGCACGUCUCAGCGCAGACACGCAUGGGCAACAUCCAGACCAUCAUAGUGAAGCUGAGUGUAGCAGUAUGUAUAGGAUUCUUCACUGCUUGGAGUCCAUAUGCACUGGUGUCUAUGUGGGCGGCGUUUGGCCAUUUUGAUGACAUCCCGCCCAUGGCGUUCGCCGUCCCUGCAAUGUUUGCCAAAUCCUCCACCCUUUAUAACCCUCUCAUCUACCUCUUGCUGAAACCCAACUUCCGCCACCUCCUCUGCAAAGACAUGCGCUCGCUGCGAGGGGUUUGCAUGCACCACUGUCUGUGCCAGUGUUUUCCCCCAUGGAGUUACCGGCCAUCAUUGGCCCUCAGUCUGCGGCCCCUGCGGCGGCGAGGUCAGUCCAUUUCUGAAUCAAUGGGGGGGCCUGUAGGUCAGUGUCACUGCCCCUGCGAGAGGUGCAAUGACCCCUUUGAGCAGUUUAAACACUACCCGCGCCGCUGUCCAGUCAAAGUGAACACUGUGCAGUUGUCUCUGCAGGACAGCACCGAACCUGAAUUGGAGCCAGAGCCGGAACCUAAAAUGUUGAAAGAAGGCAAACCAAAGAGUCAAUCAGUGGAGUGUAAAAAGUCUGUGCGGGUCAUCGUGAGGGGGCGGAAAUGCUCCGAAAUUGACAGUCUGGAGAUCACCUUGGAAACGGUGCCUGCUCCUGGUACAGCUGCCAAAAACACCAAACCGUAA